GGAGCAAUUUACGUGCGUACAGGUGUUGAAUUUCAGGAAGAGUAAGGCUGGAUAAUGUUGGUGUUUUGAACUGAAUCUGAAAAAAGCAGACUAUCAGGAAUUGCCACUUUCUCUCGCGAUUCUGUAUCUGUCCGAUACUUUAAAUCAGUUGGCUCUUUAAUUAGAAUUAAAAGCAUUACCUUCAAAAUGAGUAAAAUUUCAAAGAUGUUUAAAGUUAGCUCAUCAAGCUCAUCCAGCUCCAGGCCUAGUUCUGGUUCUAGUUCUGGAUCCAGUUCUAGAUCUAAGCAUCGGUCCCGGUCUAGUCCAUCACCUCAAGAGGCCAUCAACAGACUGAGAGAGACGGAGGCCAUGUUAACCAAAAAACAGGAAUAUUUGGAGAGCAGAAUCCAGCAAGAGAUCAUGAUUGCCAAGAAAAACGGCACCAAAAACAAGAGAGCUGCACUUCAGGCUCUUAAGAGGAAGAAACGGUUUGAACAGCAGCUGACGCAGAUUGACGGGACCCUAUCUACUAUUGAAUUCCAGCGAGAGGCCCUUGAAAAUGCCACCACAAACACAGAGGUUCUGAAGAACAUGGGUUAUGCAGCUAAAGCCAUCAAAGGGAUUCACCAGAACAUAGAUCUGGAUAAGAUUGACUCCCUUAUGCAGGACAUUACAGAGCAACAGGAAGUAGCUCAAGAGAUCAGUGAUGCCAUCUCAAAACCUUUUGGUGAUCAGUUUGAUGAGGAUGAAUUGUUGGCAGAGCUAGCAGAGUUAGAACAGGAAGAACUAGAAGAAAGUAUGAAGAAUAUGGGCAGGUUACCAAGUGUACCAACCACCAAAUUGCCUAGCACAAGACCAAGCCACCGUGCAACCUCAAAGAAAAGAGUGGAGGAUGAUCAUGACAUGAAGAGGUUGGCUGCCUGGGCCUCAUAAGCAGCACAAACUUAGAAUGUAUUAUUAUAAGAUUUUUUUUUUUUUUGUAUAUAUAAAAA